UAGCCGAUUAUCAUUCGCGGGACAGUGACUUCUCGAUAAUGUACACUGCGAUCGAAUUCUACAACGCCAGCUUUAACCGGCUUAAGCUUUCCAGUCGGCUGAUCGGUGCGGGCUUGUGGGAAAAGCAGGAAGGCAUAUUAUGGGGUCGGGUCGCGAGCGUGAUGCAGAUAGUGUUGUUUUUGACUUUGCAUGCUUGGACGGGCUACAAGUAUCGCUAUGAUGCGCUACAGAUGCUCGAGACGCAAUCGCUCAUCUGUACCGGUGCCGCGUUGAUGAUCAAGUACUUUACGAUGAUUCGGAAUCCGGCUCCGGUCCGUGAGCUUUCAGGCAAUAUUGAAACGCAGAUGUACACCAAGUAUCAGGAGAUGAGCCCCGAGUAUCCAGUGGUGCUGAAGUAUGGACGGGUAUUGUACAUUGCUGGGCACAUCAUGAUCGGAGGAUACUUUGGUUCGUUGUUUAUCAUAUGGAUCAAUCCGCUGAUCAUGUAUUUUAAAGAAGGUCGUGUGAUGUUGCUGUUUUUCUGCGAAAUUCCGUACGUCGAUUGGACGGUGAUGAAAGGCUACUGGACUACGGUUAUAUUGCAGCUUUUCUUCUACAUCACCGGAACGUGCGGAUUGAUUUUGGUCGAUUAUUUGUGCGCAUAUUUCACGAUCAACGGGUCACUGUACGUGGACAUUUUGCGCUUUCAUCUAGACGAACUCAGCGAGCUGCUAGCUAGUCCGGGUUAUCAGACGCGCAACUCGCCGGAAAUUAUGGCGAAGGUGAGCCGCAAAUGGAGAAUGUGUCUCGUGGAGCAUCAACGCAUCGUAGAAUAUUAUGAUAAUUUUUCCGACCUGUGGAGUAUGAUUAACCUAGCACAAGUGGGUUGCAGUGUGUUUGGGAUCUGCAUCAAUAUGCUGAUUAUUUUUCUGACCGAUUGGUAUGCGGCGUAUGCAAUUUUGUUUGCACUGUUCAUAGACUUGUCGGUACAUUUUGUGCUAGGGGCUAUCAUCGAGAGAAAGGUUGACGAUCUGCAUAUUAGUUUGAUGCAUUUCCCUUGGUAUUUGAUGGACGAUAGGCGACAGAAAGAAUACAAGCUGCUACUAUUACGUGCGCAACAACCAUCUGGAAUGUCUAUUGCUGGUCUCACGCCAGUUAAUUAUGAAACCUACACUCAGAUCAUGAAAAUGUUGUACCAACUGUUUGCUCUCGCUAUGAAUUUCUUAAAGUAGAUCAGACUACAUAACCAGUGGCUGGAAUUUGAUACCACAUUUGCAAACGAAAUAUAUCAGCACGUUGGUAAUGAAGUACACCACACGCAGUAGCAUCGUCCGCUGGCAUUUUUCCCAGCAUAGUGACAAAUAGGCUUUACGCUAUAUCAUUCGAAAUUUUAAUUGCACAAAUUAUUGCUUAGGCUCCGCUCUGGCAGGUAUCGAACAAAGACAACAAAAGCUAACUCGUUGUUGUCCUGCGGAACUUCGAUACGAUAUUGUACCAUAUGAACGAAAUGCAACAAGUUUUGUGUAAUUGAUAACAUAAACAUUCAAUUCUACAA